AGCCGGUUCGCAAACAGAGAAGUGUCCACAUCACCGCCUUUACUCGCUCUAUGACUUUCUCACCGUCCUCGAGGGUUCAGAAACGCGACCAGCAUCGGCCUUUUGUUUGCAUAGAUCGCGUGCGGAACUUGCGACUAUUCCUUGAGAUUUCGGCUGCUUGUAUUAUUGAGAGCACAAUCUCGGUUUUGUUUCCAGUUCGUUGAUUGUUCUAGCUCGUCGUCGUCGAUUAUUUAAACGCGACUCAUCAUUUCAAUCUUGAGAUCGAACACCACAGUCCACGGAUUCUCUCAAGCCAUCACUCCCUGAAUCGUUUAUAACAAAUGAAGUUUGGAGCUCUCUCAUCUGUCAUUGCCAUUUUGGCAUUGACAUUCGGCGCCCAUGCCGCCAAAGAUACCGAGAACGAGGACUUCCCUAACGGCAUCAAGCGCGUCCCCAUGAGAACGUUCAGUCUUCAGACUCCUUUCUUGCACGACAGCUUACACUCGCGGUGGUACGACUUUGGCGGCCAUACCAUCGUCAGAACUGAUCAGUACGUGCGUCUGACGUCCGAUCGGCCAGGGCAGACAGGAUACCUCUCAUCGCGUCUUCCGCUCACUGCGAUCAACUUUGAGAUUAUUUUCGAGUUCAAGAUCAGCGGUAAGGGAAACCUCUACGGCGACGGUAUGGCUAUCUGGCUUACAAAAGAUCGGAGCGUUCUUGGUCCCGUCUUUGGAGGACCGGAUAACUUUGAGGGUAUUGGAAUCUUCAUCGACACCUACAAGAACAACAGACCGGGCGUGACUUUCCCUUACGUUAUGGCGAUGUACGGAGACGGGCAUACUUCGUACAGCAAGGCCGAUGAUGGAAAGAGCAAUGAGCUUGCUGGGUGCUCCGCACGAGGCCUCCACAACCCGAACCACGAGACCAGAAUGAAGAUCACGUACGUCAAGGGUCACUUCCUCAAAGUCGAGCUCGAGUACAAGGAGCCUGGCAAGUACAUCACCUGUUUCAAGAUGGGCAACCCGCCUGAUCUGCCGCAGACCUCGUACUUGAGUUUCACGGCCGAGACAGGCGAGCUUUCGGAGAACCACGACAUCAACGAGGUCGAGGUCAACAUGCUCGUGCUCCCUGGUGGCAGCGAUGUCCAGUCCCAUUUCAGCCACCCCUCGUCGUCCUCCUCCUCUGUGCGGGAUGUGGAGAAGAAGAAGGGCGGUUCCUGGUUCUGGUUCCUUAUCAAGCUGGGUAUCGUUGGUGGCGGUGGCUACUAUGGCUACAAGAGAUACUUGAAAUACAAGAAAGAUAAGAAGUACGACCGAGACGCGAUGUUUUGAGUGGAAAGCUAGUUUUUUAUAUCGUGUGUUUCAGUUUCUGCGUUCGCAUCCUCAAUGUUCUCUCUGUACCAUCAACAUUUUCAAAAGAAUUCGCCGUUGUUGUUUUUUGAACGCAUUGAACUGUGAUGAAGACAUUUCUUCAUUUCGCAUCAUGUAUAUUUUGAUAUAAUGACUCGUUUAAAAAAUUUCUAAAAAAGAGAUGUUAAUGAAACUAUGAAUGAUCGUUGUUUUUGUGCAUGACUAUAUUGUACAGUUUUAUAAGCUCUUGAUAUAUGCAUCAAAUCUUGCCCUUCCACUCCGCAUUGUGAUAUUUAUCCAAGCAGGGUUUUAGUCCAGCUCCAACGACCACUACACGAAUAGCAUUGAAAGUUAGAAACAUGUAUCCGACGAAC